UAGAAUCAAGUCGCUAGGACCCGUGGCUAAAAAUAAUAAAUUCAACAUGAAGUAAACAACGCCAAAGUCACUCUGUGCAUAAAUAAUUUUUAAGUCUCACAUUAAAAAUGAUUCGACAAGCAAGAAUAGCACUGCUUAGUUUCGCAACAGGAGCGAGUCUCGUUUUCUUCCCUGUCUUAUUUACUUUUAUUCCGUUUUUAAGUUUUUUGUGGCAAGAUUUUUGGCAUGGAAUCCUGAUGAUACAUUUCCUAGUGUGCAAUGGAGCAUUCUCUGCAGUAUACGUCCAUCAAAGGGAUUCUUAUAGGAUAUCAGUGAGGGCUGGGAACCUUGGUUUUGUAUUUGGCCUCAGCUUUCUUAUCAGUUUAUAUAGCUGGCACUGGUGCCACUUUGGCUGGUACCUAAUGGCCUUAACCUUCUUCCACUGGUCUGAAUAUGAAACCACAGCCUUGACCAACCCAUCAUCCUUAACACUGGAUUCAUUUUUACUUGACCACAGUCUGGAAUACAAACUGGCAGCAGUGGCCUCAUGCUGUGAAUACAUUUUGGAAUCCUACCUGUUUCCAGAACUGAAAGAGCUUUGGUGGGUGAGUGUGCUCGGUGCUACCCUGACUAUAGGGGGUGAGAUGUUGCGCAAGUCAAGCAUGUUCACUGCCCGCACCAACUUCAACCAUCACAUACAGCACACAAAGCAGGACGGUCACACCCUGGUGACUAGAGGGGUCUACCGUUUGUUCCGUCACCCGAGUUAUGUUGGUUGGUUUGCCUGGAGCAUUGGGACUCAGAUUAUGCUGUGCAAUCCAAUCUGUCUUAUCGGCUACACCAUUGUGUCUUGGAAGUUUUUCAAUGAAAGAAUUCACGAAGAGGAGAUUUACCUGCUCAACUUUUUUGGAGAAGAUUACCUGGACUACCAGAAGCGUGUGCCCACAGGAAUACCUUUCAUCUAUGGCUACAACCCCUCAUGAUGAGUACUGCUUUAGUCCCUGUAGUAUUUUUUUAAUAAUUGUGACAACAGGAGAGACCUUGUCCUGUGUUUGAAUAUAUUUAAACUUUUUAUUUUCGCUGAUGUUUUCAUGUGUUGGAAGGAAGUGAUUUUAUUCAGAGACGUGCCUUGCUUGAUCUGUAAUGUGUGUUGGUCCUUGAUAG